GCAGCCGGGUGUUGAAACGCCGGCAGCUGUUGGGUCACCUGUCCAGGCAGCGAGCAGAAACACAGACCUGGGUGUGAGGAGGCUCUUCAGUCUGGUCCUCCCCAAAGGUGAAGUGGAUGCAGAAGAAGAGACUGGCUUCUCCUCUGACUCCUGCUGGAAGUGAGUUUUCAAGAGCUUGUCUCCAUCUGCUGCCAUGUCCUUCAGCUACACCUUCGACAAUGACUUCUUUGAGAAUGAAACCUCCACCUAUGACCUGACUCCAAACACACAGGCGUGCCCGCAGGCGUCUCUGGGACCUGCAGCUGGUCUGGUGCUGAGCGUUGUCCUGGUGGCCAUCUUUGUUCUGGCGAUCCCUGGGAACGUGUUGGUGGGGUGGGUGAUCAGCACCAACAAGCGGGCUCUGACUCCAUCGGACGUUUACUUGUUCCACCUGACGGUGGCCGACGGACUGCUGGCUCUGACGCUGCCCUUCUUUGCCGUGGCCUUCAUCCGGGGGUGGAUAUUCGGGGACUUCCUGUGCAAGUUCCUCAACCUCAUCAUAGAGGCCAACUUCUACACCAGCAUCAUCUUCCUGGCGUGCAUUAGCAUCGACCGUUACCUGGCGAUCGUGCACACCCGGGAGUUGCAGCAGAGCCGGCGCCGGUCCUGCAGCCGCCUGCUGUGUGCAGCGGUUUGGGCCGUGGGCUGGACCCUCGCCCUGCCGGCCCUGUUCAACACCACCACCGCCGUUAGUCUCGGAGACCAGCCUGAAACAUGGCUUUGCACCGAGAGCUUCCACAUAGGCCGUCCCACUGCGUGGAGGCUUGCCACGCGUGGACUCCUGCACGUCUUUGGCUUUGUGGUCCCUCUGGCUGUCAUGGUCGCUUGUUACAGCAUCACCAUCACAAAGCUGCUGCACACUCGCGGUUUCCACAAGCACCGGGCCAUGAGGGUGAUCAUCGCCGUGGUCAUCGCCUUUCUCCUGUGCUGGACGCCAUACCACAUAACCCUGAUGGUUGACACUCUACUGAGGGCAGAGCUACUGGGGCUGGACUGCGGUGUGCAGAGUGCGGUGAGCGUGGCUCUGGCCGGAACCAACAGCCUGGCUCUGCUGCACAGCUGCAUCAACCCUUUCCUCUAUGCUUUUGUGGGGAGGAAGUUCAGGAGCAAAAUGAAGCUUCUUCUCCAGAGGAAGUUCGGACGUGAUAGGGCGUCAGUGUCAAAGGUCAGCAGGUCAACCUCAACUUCGGAGGUAGCUGGAACAGUUCUCUGAGGCACCCCAAUCAUUUUCAAUGGAUUUUUAGUACAGAUAAAUAUAAAUUCAUUUCUUUAUUGUCCUUUGUUGUUUGCUCCAAGCCUUAUUGCUCUUGUGGAGCUCUGCUGCCAUCUGCUGGGGGUGCUGUGGUACUGCAGCAUCCCAGUGGCUGUUGGAGGUUUGCACUUUUCUCUAGUUGUAUACUUAUUGGGAUGUUUUUCUGUCUCUAUGUAUAUGUCUGUUUUUUUCUUUACCUUAACAAAAAAAAUGCUACAUUUUAUGCUUUCACAACUAUAUGAAUAAACAAUUUGUUUACAUUUCAGUUUCUGGUCUUUUUUUUUUUUUUAAUUUAAAUUAAUUAAUUACAUUUUCUUCUGGGCUUUCAAAGUUAAUUUACCCCCCAGGGAGCAGCAGCAAACAUAGAACAUAAAUAUAAGGGGAAAAAACAAUCAAAUUAGAAAUAAAUACGUUACAGUGGCCAAAUUUGACCCCAUGUGUUUUUCAGGAUUAAAGGUCAUGUUUAUUUUUUUUUUAAUAAACGUAAUUAAUUUAAUCAAUGUAAGGGUUAAUUUUCCUUUAUCACUUAAAGUACUUUAUUUACUUCCGUCCCUUAAAUUAUCUCGUUAAUUUACUGGUUUAUAAAUGAAUUUUCUGUGUUUU